UAGCUUUAUAUGAAAGGAUGUUGUUGGCUUUGCCUUUGGUUUUAAUUCAACUUUGUUUGCCCUGUACUGCACGGGUAUCACAAGACCUUUUUACAUAACUUGUCCGUUCAUGUUUUUACAAGAGUCACUGGAUGAAUAAGCUUUUAUAUAAUAAUGUUACCCUUUACGUAAUCAUUCACUCACAAUGAGAUUACCUGAGAUUUUGUAAUCGUUGCAUGUAUUAAAUGCAUUGUCCCUGCAUGACGUUACAUCAUGUUAAUAUAAUUCUGUUUACUAUAAUGCUAUAAUUUUCGUUGGUUUAAUUUUCAUUGUAAAUAAAACACCUACAUACGAUUCGUCGUAUUCACGUGAUAAGAUAUAUCACGGUGUAUAUACAUACACAACUUAUAUUAUGUAUCUACAUAUAUAGCCAUAGGUUACAUCGUAAAAUUUAAGUGGGCAAACAACUUAUUGCGUAAUUUACUGUCAUAUGCCUAUGGGUGAAAUUCCCAAUUCGUCAAGCAAACUUUAAAUUGUAUGCUUUAUAUUCCGUGUUUUCUACUGUUGCUAAGUCUAAGAGCAUACCGUAGUUUUUUUUAUCACCCACUGCCGGGCACUGCUUUCAUAUCGAUAAGUUUCCUUUUAGGAUAAAAAUAUUUACUGCCUACGCAUAGUUUUCACUGAUAUAUUGUUUUGAUUGUUUUGAUAUCUGAAAUUGUGAGGCGAGGACGUUAAAUUACGUGGGUCGAGAAGCAUCUCGCUGUGCUGAGUUGAGAAGUAAACAAACUUCACAAUAUACAGACAUGUAAGGAAGCGCAUGCAUGUGUUUUGUGUGGGAAGACAAUAUCCAUGGCAAUGAAUAGUAUGCGGAUUCAAAUAUGUACAUUUAUAGGAUGACAUACAUUUACACUAAUGUGAUCAACUGCUUCAUGUUAAUGAAAUAUUAGCUAGUGUAGUUAAUCCAGUAAUAAGACGAUAGAUUUCAUUUAUAUAAGACUAUAAACCAAGAGCUCACAAGCUUCAGCUCAGCCUCAGCUGAAGGAACAAGGUCAUCUUAGUGUACAUGUCACAUGUGUUAAAUUAAAUAUCUAUAGGCUAUAGCUAUACUCUUAACCUGGAUAUAGGCUUGAGAUGUCUAGACUUCGAUUUCUGAUUUUUUUAUGUAUACAAUUUCUAAUAUAUUUAACUCGUAUACGACAUUUUAAGCUUGGUAGGAUCUUGGUGCCGUUUCGUAUAGGUCGAGAGAACUUGGCAAUUAUACAAGUUCAGACAUGAUCAUAUCAAAGAAUAAUUGCUUUCAUAGUUUCAUAAGGAAACAACUUCCUUUUUGAAUAAACAUCCCCAGGUUCCUUCCUUCCUUUGAAUGCAGAUAACUAUAGACCACAUAAAUUAUCAAAUGGCUGGGUUUCGACUCAAAAAUCCACAUGGUUUGGCAUUUGCCCCUUUUCAGGCAAAACGAUAUAAAAGCAAUUUCGUUCUUGGAGAGAUCACUAGACGCUUGACCUUGUCUUCAUCCGUAAUGAAUUACUUCACCUUGGCGCGCUUGAAGCAGACUACGUCAUCAAAUACAUUUGUACACUUCAUGAAGUCCGUCCAUCAACAUCAAGAUCGGUGUAUGUGCGUACGACUCAUCGCGUGUGUUGUUCAUCGGAAACUCCUUAGCCUUAAGAUUUUACGAAAGGCAACUCGAAGAACAUUCCUUCUAUAUACAAUUGCAAGGCUGAUGGACAUAAUUUUGAUUGUAGAAAUCAUGGCUUUCAAAAUGUUCCUUACGACUACUUCUACGGCCAUUUUUGCGUCCGUCGCAUCCACCUCAGUGAAAACCCGUACAUUUGCGACUGCAGCUUAGUCUGGUUCCUGCGUGAGCAUUCUAAUCGAAGAAAAUGCAUUCCAGAUCGUCUACAAAUGCAGUGUGCAUAUCCUGAGAAAUUGCGGGGAAGAAAUAUAACAGAAUUAAAGGAGGAAGAGAUUUGUGAUACCGAAAGAGUGAGUUUCAAGAAGGUUUGCAAACCUCCUGCCGGUAGUUCUAAUACUUGGAACUGCGAGAACUUGGGAUUGGAUUUUGUCCCGUACGAUAUCUUCCAUCGAAAAACACGUUUAUCACUGAGAGGUGAAUACAUGUGUGACUGUAAUAUUGUCUUCGUGAUGCGGCGUCUGAAGUACGAGUGGGAUAGAAACCUGUUACCAAACAAUGCCAAAAUCAGAUGCAAAGGGCCGGGAAAAUUUUCCCAGAAGAAGCUCUAUACGUUAAAGGAGAAUGAUGUUUGUCCCCAAAAAGAACCAAAUGUCUGCAAGGCUCUUCCAUGUCCUGUAACCUCGAUAUGCGAAGUGACUGGGGCGACCUCUUAUCGUUGUGCAGACCUUGAUGAAUGUUGGACGAAACUGAAUAAUUGCGAUAAAAAUGCGAAAUGUAUCAAUACAGAUCCGGGAUAUCUGUGUCGUUGUAGACCUGGUUAUACACAGUACAAUGAUGGACGAGUGUGUCAAGAUUUUGACGAAUGUUCACAAAAAUCUCUGUGUGCUAAGGAUGCUAAGUGUAUUAAUCUUCCUGGAUCUUACAAAUGCGAAUGUGAUGCUGGCUUCUCUGGAGAUGGAACAUUUUGCGAAGACAUAAAUGAAUGCGUUGGCAGAAAACGCUGCAGCGUUCAUGCAGAGUGCAAGAACACACAAGGAUCAUACGAAUGUACAUGUAAGAAGGGUUACCGUGUCAAAGACUUGAUAUGUGCAGAUAUUGACGAGUGUUCCCAGAAUCCUUGUCCAGUCCAAUCCACUUGUCAAAACACUGUUGGUUCAUACUCUUGUAAAUGUCUUUCUGGAUAUGAGUGGAAACACACCCGAUGUUUAGAUCUUGACGAAUGCAAAACAAAUAUUCAUAAGUGCGACAAAAAUGCUGUUUGCUUCAACCUGGUCGGAGGAUAUAAAUGUCGCUGCAAGGAUGGUUACGAGAAUGUGAACAAUGGAAGACUUUGUGCAAAAAGCAAGACAAGCAAAUACAAAUCACCUCAUAUUCUGUUGAUUUCAACUUCAACCUGCGUGGCCGUUGGUGGUGUUGCUUUGUUAAUAGGUCUGGCUAUCUAUUUUGAAAGGAAAAUGAGGAAGAAAGAUAAAGAACAUUUGCAAAGUGACGAUGAAGGACAAGAACCGCUGUUAAACCAGGAAGACACAGCUAUGGAUGCUGUAUUCAUGUUCAACCCUCAUGCCAACAGAACGCAAUUAACCGCCUGGGAUUAGUUGUGUUUGAGUCUUUCGAGAAGGAAAGAAAUUACGAUGAUGAUCACGUUGAAUGAUGUGAAACGUAUGUUAAAUAUUUUGCUGAUACAUUUGUAUGCUCGUUGCAAAAAUAAAGUGCCGACGUUUCCAAGCCAUAUACGUGGUAUUGAUAGGUUUGCUCAUAAGCUAAGAGCCUGUAAACCAUUCAAAGUUAGA